CGUGAGGAGGGAGUGGAGCAAACACGCCGUGCUGCUUUUAUUUUCGUUCGGCUCGCUGUGUGUUUGGAUCCGUGUUGAUGCCGCGGGUCCGGAGAAGCAGCUCGUCCGGACUGAAACGCCGCUCGGGUUUGACCCAGAUUGGAGCCUCGGGAUUAAUGUAGGUGAAUGCGGUCCAUGGCGCAGAUAAAGAGGAUGUGGGAAAGACCGCCGAGGCGUUCGGGCGCGACUGAACGGUUUUUGUGCCCAGGUGGAGCGAAGCUUACAGCUGUGCUUCUUGUCAACAUGUGGAACGCUGGACAGAGAAGGGCGAACAAAAGGGCCGCCAUGCUGCCGGGGUAAAUUUCUAAGGCGUUUUGAAGGCGACGCAAUGGCUGAGACUGAGACUAAUCUGCGGACGGCCAGGAUAUGGCGAGACGCCGCGUUACGCUCCAGGAAGCUGAGGAGCAACCUGCGCCAGCUCACUCUUAGCACCAACAACAGCCAGAAAAUCACCUUACCGGACGACAUCAAGGAGAUCGAAGUCCUCAACCUAGGCAAUAAUUCUCUCCAAGAGCUUCCCGAGGGUCUGGGCUGCACUCUCACCAAGCUUCGCAUCCUCAUCCUCCGCAGGAACAAGUUCAUCUCUGUGCCCUCUCCCAUAUUUCAGCUCAUUCACUUGGUUGAGCUGGAUCUUAGUCACAACUGCCUGAACCAUUUCUCUGAGGACAUUGAGCAUUUGAAGGGGCUGAAAAAGCUCUGUGUGAGCCACAACAAGAUUCAGUACCUGCCGUCCCGUAUCGGCGUGUUGCAGGCCCUGGAGGAGGUCGACGUGAGCUUCAACGAGCUUCAUGAUUUCCCCAGGUCCUUCACGCAGCUCAAGAAGCUCAGGACGCUCGACGUGGACCAUAACAAGCUCCAGAAUUUCCCACCGGAGCUUCUUGCUCUCAGCGAUUUAGAGGAACUCGAUUGUUCAGGGAAUAAGCUAGAGGGCCUGCCAGGCAAUGUCAUGAUGCUGCAGUCUCUCAAAAUUUUGUGGCUGAGUGGCACCCAUAUUUCAUCUUUACCCGAGACCUUCUGUGAUCUGCAGAACCUGGAGAGUUUGAUGCUAGAUAACAAUUUUCUUGCAGCGCUGCCGCGGUCGUUUGGAAAAAUGCAAAAGCUAAAAAUGCUCAAUCUGUCCUCCAACUCCUUUGAAGAUUUUCCUCAGGUUAUUCUCGCAAUCGCAAGUUUGGAGGAGCUGUAUUUAAGCAGAAAUAUGUUGUCUUUCCUCCCAGACAAAGUGGGACAGCUGUCUAACCUCGCCAAUUUGUGGUUGGACAAUAAUAGAAUAACGUUUCUCCCAGACUCCAUAGUGGAGCUGGAGAAACUAGAGGAGUUGGUUUUACAGGGUAACCAAAUUGCCAUCCUCCCAGACAAUUUCGGAAAGCUUGCCAAAGUUAACAUCUGGAAAGUUAAGGACAAUCCUCUCAUACAACCUCCGUAUGAGGUGUGCAUGAAGGGCAUCCCAUACAUAGCUGCCUAUCAGAAGGAGCUCGCUCACGCCCAGACUGCUGUAAAACCGAGGCUCAAACUUGUUUUGAUGGGGCAGACGAAUGCAGGGAAAACUAAGCUCAGGCAGUGCAUUGUAAGCAAACCUUUAGACACUAAGACAAUAACUGGUAGUAGAGGGAUCGACGUGACGAACUGGGUAGCAGAUGCUCGCCGCAGUCUUACAUUCAUCGUAUAUGAUUUAUCAGGGAAGCAGAAUUACGAACUCAUAAAACCAUUUUUCCUCUCGCCAGGCGCUUUGUACAUAGUGGUAGUGAAUUUAAAGUCAUACACAUGUAAGACUUUCUACUCCAGUGUAGGGUAUUUCCUUCACCUGCUUGGUGCCAAGGUGCCCCAUGCAGUGGUGUGUGUUGUGGGAACGCACAUCGACCUGUGCGCUAAGGCAGAAUUAGAGGAAAAGUGCUUGGACAUCCACAGACAGAUCUCUCUGCAGGUGAAGAGAGACACAGAGAGUUUGCAGACACUUGCUAAGCAGGUGGACGAAGCCCUGGAACAGGACUAUGACGUCAGGACAUCAAGUCCACAUGUACUGUUUUACGGGGUCUCGGACAAGAAUCUGCGACGUAAAAAGGCCCAGCUGCAGUACAUGCUGAACAAUCGGCUGCAGAUCCUGUCCCCGGUGUUUUGUGUCAGUUGUGUGGAGGUGCGCAAUAUAGAGCGAUUAAAGGAGAAACUCAUGUCUGUCGCCGAUCACCGUGAUAUCUUUCCUAAUCUUCACAGAGUACUGCCGAAAUCGUGGCAGAUGCUGGAGGAACUCCAUUUUAAGCCGCAGGACCUGUGGCUGUCGUGGUGGGACUCUGCUCGCUUGGGCCUGCAAGCGGGUCUGACGGAAGACCGUCUACAAAGUGCGCUGUCGUACUUACACGAGAGUGGAAAACUGCUGUACUUUGAGGACAGCGUAACCCUAAAAGAAUUUGUCUUCCAUAACCUGCCACGAUUCAUCGCUGUCUUGAACGUAUUUUUUCAGAAGGACCUUACAGCCAUGCUAGAAAAAUUAAAUUCUGAAAGCGACACUGAAGAGAACAUCACUCCCUCCCAAAUCCAGCACCACGUGGAGAGUUUUCUUCUGCAUGGUUUACUGCCGUCCAACAUCAUCCGUCAGCUCCUCAAACCUCUCGUUCAAACGCAGCAGGAUUUGCACCUUAUCAUGGAGCUGCUUGAAAAGAUGGGGGUUUGUUACUGUGUCAACAAACCUCGGAGCAAACCGCUAAAUGGGGCGCCUGUGGUUUACAAGUUCCCCAGUCUGGUCAGUAGUGAGGAGCCCAAUGCUGAACCCUGCCAGAAUGGUGGCUCAUCAGUUCCUGGUCAGUUCUUCUCAGUGGAACAGUUGCAGAUCGAAUACACCUUUCCAUUUCUCAUCCCCCCUGGACUUUUCGCACGGUUCAGUGUGCAAAUCAACAACCACGUUGUUCAGCGCACCGAUGGAAAGGAUUACAUCUACGCCUACCGGGGCAAAGUGCCUGUGAUGGUGAACUACCGGCCUUCUCGAAACAGACUGCACCCAGAGAUUCUUGCCAUUUCUAGUCAUGCAUCUUUGCCAAAUAUCUGGACAGCUUGGCAAGCAGUUACCCCACUGGUAGAGGAGCUGAACGUUCUUCUGCAGGAAUGGCCUGGUCUUCAUUAUUCUGUACAUAUCCUGUGUCCCAAGUGCCUGAAGCGAGGGUCAGCCAAUCCACAUUCCUUUCCAGGCGAGUUGCUGAGCCAGCCCCGACCUGAAGGCUUGACUGAGAUCAUUUGUCCCAAGAACGGCUCAGAGCGCGUUAACGUGGCCCUCGUUUACCCUCCCUCUCCUACUCUGAUCAGCCCCAGUCACAAAUGACCCAGACAUCCAGCACAACACAGUGACUCGAAAUGCCCUUACACACCCUGCUGCACCUUUGUCUUUCCUGUAACACACAUAGAACACUAGAUGGAGCUACAUCAAUGUGUGCAUGUGUGUGUCUCCUGCUUUCACUUCAUGUGUGCUUAGAAGACAGCAGUGUGAUGGGAUGUGUGUUCCACUGAAGCCAGGAUGUGGGAACACACUUUCAGCCAUGUAUGAACAUGAAGACAUGAAGAAUCCCACACACUGCAGUUAAUGAGCUCGUGCUGCUGGUUGUCAAAGAAACAAUGGUAUUAGGAACUGUGGUGCUGAAGUCUCAGACCUGGGAUGUGCUGCCUCUGUGAGAAUCUUGUGGUUUCUACAGUCACUGCUAAAACAUGAGGACAGGCUCUGUUCAUACAGUGCGUCAUAUUCCGGAUGAAAGAAGGAGCUAAUGCUCCUCAGAUGCUGAUGGUAAAAAGAAGAGAUCACGGUGUAAUUAAAAAUGGACUGAGUUGGUGGAGAAGUGGGACUGCUAUUUAAGAAAAAUCUUUGGCUUUUAAAAUAGAAACAAGUGCUGCGAUAGUGCAGUAGGGCUAGCAAACACGGUCUAUCAAAAGAGCUCCUUCAUUUCCUAAGCUGCAUGCUAAUGUGGAACGUUUCAGAUGAUGAAUUGACUAAAGAGGUUAAAAUGAAUUGAAAUCGGUUUAACAAAUCUGAUGUCUUUCUGUUGUUCUGAAAUCCAGGUUACACUAAAACCAGGACCAAAGCAGGAAAUUAUAGCAAACUUUACAGGCUCAAAGUAGUUUUAUUUCUGUGCUGUGAGUGAUUUUACAUUCUCAUCACAAGUACACUAGGCUUUACAUUUAGAUACCAAAACAACUGCCUGACUUUUUUUUUU